GCAUAGAACACAGUCUAAUACACAGCACAACUCGGCAGUUUGAUGUAAUUUACCUAUCUAUCACUGUAGCCACUGCAAGAAAGCGUUUCCAACUAACGGCUCUGCUUGUAAGAGAUACAGGAUAAUCUUUGGAAAAAGUGGACGGAGAUUGUUGGUUACCAUGCCAACACUAACCGUGGUUCCUCGGAGCAGCAGGCUGUUGUCGUGGAGACCAGAAUCUAACAAGAGGCUUCAACCACCCAGGGAGAAUAAUAUGAAAAGUAAUUAAACAACAGACCUUGUGUCAGAACAUUGGCAGUGCUGUUACCAUGGAGACUGGCAAGCGAGGCUUGGUGAAUGUGAUAGCGCCUGGCAGCAGCUCCGUGUCAGAGCAGAGAGAGAACAGCAUCAACAACAGCAUGCCACUCCGGGCUCCUCUAACCACCUUGUUCCUUCACACAGUGCCAGGCCUUUCUUCACACCCCCAGGCUCAGCCAGCUGCCUCCUUGGACUCCACGACCCUUCGUUUGUCCAUCCCUCAGCAGGGCUCCACAGACUCCCUACCCUUCCUGACUCUCCACCUACCAGCCAGGCUGCAGCUGCACCAGCAGGCCCCACAAUCAGGCCUGGGGGCGCAUGUGUCCCUGAGGGCCUCUGUGUCUGCAGCCAGACCCUCUAGGUCCGCUGGGAAGCACCUGUGUCCUCACUGCGGCCGGGACUGCAUGAAGCCCAGUGUCCUGGAGAAACACCUGCGCUGCCACACCGGGGAGCGGCCCUACCCCUGCACCACCUGCGGCAUCUCUUUCAAGACCCAGAGCAACCUCUACAAGCACCGCCGCACACAGGCCCACGCACGCCUCAGCUCCGGGUCAGGGCAGAGGUCGCUCGGAUCUCUGGGCAGUUUACAAGGUCACUCCUCCCUGAGCAGCAUGGACACUCUGCAGGGACACCAAGCCAGUCUGCAAGGUCACUCAUCCCUGGGAUCGAUGGACAGUCUGGGCAGUCUACAGGGCCAUUCCUCUGUGAGCAGCUUGGACAGUCUACAGGGCUAUUCCUCCCUGGGCAGUCAGGACAGUCUGCAGGGACACCGUCUGCAAGGUCACCAGGACAGUCUAUUCAGUUUACAGGGUUCCAGGGAUACCCUCACCUCCAGCCCCUCUCUAGAUAACCUCAGCCAGGACCCAGGUAGUCUGGAGAAUGGCAGCUCUCUCUCUGCUACCACCAACCUCUCCCCCAGCCUUGGCCAGAGGAGUGGGACAGAAACAGGUAGAGACACAGACAGAGACACAGGCUGGGCCCUGCAGCAGGCUGGGUUAGAGGGUCUCCUCCUGGCUGCUGGGGGGAGCCAGAGUAUAGAGUUAUCCAAGAGGAGGAGAGAAGCGGAGGAUACGAGGGAUGAACUGAGAGAGAGCAGGAAGGAUAAAGAUAGAGAGAAGUCAGUGUUGACCCUGUCCCGCCACCUCCCGCUGCGGAGACAGCAGGCUGCCAUCUUGUCUCAGUGGGAGGGUUCUCUGGCUAGGGGGAUGGCCCAGAACCAAGACAACUUCCUGUCUAGAGGGAAGUCCCAGAGCCACGACAGCACAGACUCUGGCUACAGCGAGACCUCCAGCCCUGGGUCUGGACCAUACAACCCUGGGUCUGGCCUACACAACCACAACCCUGAGUCUCGACCACACAACCCUGUGUCUGAACUACACAACCACAAUCCUGUGUCUGGACUACACAACCCUGGGUCUGGAACACACAACCACAACCCUGGGUCUGGAACACACAACCACAACCCUGGGUCUGGAACACACAACCACAACCCUGGGUCUGGACCACAAAGCCACAACCCUGGGUCUGGACCCCACAACUCUGGGUCUGGACCACACAACCCUGGGUCUGGACCACACAAAAACAACCCUGGGUCUGGACCACACAACCCUGGGUCUGGACCACACAAAAACAACCCUGGGUCUGGACCACACAGCCCUGGGUCUGGACCACACAAUCCUGGGUCUGGACCACACAACCCUGGGUCUGGACCACACAACCACAGCAUGGAGUCAGUGGCAGAGUCUAGUAUGGAGAUACACGACCAGCAGGACACCUUCCACACACAGCCUGAUCAAACUAACACCACACACACACAUACACUCACACAGCCUUCACACACACCCACACAGCUAAACGCCACACACACACCCACACAGCCAGAACUCACCGUGUCUCAGCCCAGGAGCACAGUUUCAGUCCAGGCCCAGCAGAGUCUUGAAGAGAGAAUCUCCAAGCUGAUCUCAGAGAACGAUGCAGUGGUGGAGGACAAACACCUGAACACAGUCCGACCCAGGAAGACCCUCUUGUCCAAACAGGGCAGCAUCGACCUGCCAAUGCCCUACACCUACAAAGAUUCCUUCCACUUCGAUAUGAAGACCAGCAACAGGCCUCCUACAGCCACCGCUGGGAUGGCCUGGCAGAGAGGGGACAGGGGAGGAGGGUGGCCAGGUCUGUAUAGUUCGGUACCUACCCAGACCUCCACCAGCCUGGAGCAGGGGCAUCAUGCCCCCCUGACCCGUAGUAGCUCCCUGCCCCACUGUGUGGGCCUUCAGGGUACAGUCAGAGCCAGCUCGGCCUCUCCUCACAACCCCCAUCCUCACCAAAGAGACUGGCUAUACCUGGGCCGUAAGGGCAGCUCUGGACUACUUUAUCCAGUAGGCUUUGCCACCAAGUCUGUUGACCGUCGCGCAUCAGGCCACCGCAUGCUGGUCAGACAGGCGGCCGUGGACAACCUCCCGACGGACGGACCAUUGACGUUAGCAGCCAGCGACAAUGUCAUUCCCUGCGGUCUUGGCUCAGAUGGAGACGGAGGCGUGGAUGGAGAGCUGAGUAGAAAGAGUGGUAGGAAGAAGUCCCAGAAGUUUGCCUACAGUAAGUGGUACAAGUAUGGAGGAGGAGGAGGAGGGACGUUCACAAAGCUCUACAGCCCAGAGAAGGCAGCUGAUCCUGGUAUGUUGAAGGCUAAAAGGUCAUUAGCUGGUCUGGAGCCAGAGAGGGUCCUGGGGGUUCAGAGAGGCCCAGCAGUAAGCAGAGACCUGGUGACAUCACUGGUCUCAAGUAGUGCCACUGUGUGUCUUCCAUCCUGUCUCCAAGACAACCUUUCACCUGUCAAUCAUGUCCACUCAUAUCGAAUGCCCAGUCAUCUCCAUAACACACCCACUUCCUGUCUCACACCCAGUCAUCUCCAUACCACACCCACUUCCUGUCUCACACCCAUUCAUCUCCAUACCACACACACAUCCUGUCUCACACCGAGUCAUCUUCAUACCACACCCACUUCCUGUCUCACACCUGGUCAUCUUAAUACCACACCCACUUCCUCUCUCAAACAUCCCCUCCAGAGAACCCAGUCAGUCUCAAAAGAAGCGUUUUCUAACAGGACUGACUGUGUGUCUAUGACAGUGACCCACCAGGAGAAACACACCAACUGUGUGUCUCAACGAUGUGGAAGCCAUGUUCCCUCAGAGAGGAAGAAGCAGAAGAUUGAGAAUAACGUCUGUCUUCUGGAGGGAGGAGGAGGCCUACACAGCAGCAGUAAACUGAACCAACUCUCAUCCUCAGUCAGAGGUGGGAUAGACAAGCCCUCCUCCUCCUCUGAUUCAGCCAAGACCAGUUUCCUCCCUAAGUACCAGUUGAGGCUUCCUACAGACUCAGGGCCUACGGGCCUCACCCAAACACAACCUAGAGGCCCUGUCAGGGUUUCAUCAGUCACAGGCGUAGGACAGGGUCAGGGCAGGUUUGCUACACCUGUGACAGCUUUAGAUCAAAGCCAGUCUGCUACACCUGUGACAGCUCUAGAUCAAAGCCAGUCUGCUACACCUGUGACAGCUCUAGAUCAAAGCCAGUCUGCUACACCUGUGACAGCUCUAGAUCAAAGCCAGUCUGCUACACCUGUGACAGCUCUAGUUCAAAGAAAGUCUGCUUCACCUGUGACAGCUCUAGAUCAAAGCCAGUCUGCUACACCUGUGACAGCUCUAGUUCAAAGCCAGUCUGCUACACCUGUGACAGAUCUAGAUCAAAGCCAGUCUGCUACACCUGUGACAGCUCUAGUUCAAAGCCAGUCUGCUACACCUGUGACAGCUCUAGUUCAAAGCCAGUCUGCUACACCUGUGACAGAUCUAGAUCAAAGCCAGUCUGCUACACCUGUGACAGCUCUAGUUCAAAGCCAGUCUGCUACACCUGUGACAGAUCUAGAUCAAAGCCAGUCUGCUACACCUGUGACAGCUCUAGAUCAAAGCCAGUUUUCUACACCAGUGACAGCUCUAGAUCAAAGCCAGUUUGCUACCAUCACAGCCACAGCGCUGAAGCAAUCUGCCACACCACCCACAGCCUUAGUACAGAGCAUGCCCUGGAAAACAUCAGUACAUGGUCAGUGCCCUACAGCCAACACCACUUCCACAAAAACCCUCCACCCUGCUCUCACAGUAGCAGACCAUGUCAACCCUCUAACUUAUGUUACAACAGAGGUCAACCCUCCGUGUCAUACGAUAGCAGCUUUAGCAUGCCAUACCAUACCAUUCACUAAAACACAGUCAUCACCAUACCAUACAUCAGUAGCAUACCCUGCUAUACCAUUCACUGUUAGUCACAGCAGCCAGUCAGAGGGUCAGAAAGUGUUCCAUGUGAGGACAGCGGACCUCCACAUCUGUCUCCAGCUCAUCUCAGACGAACAGCUGGCGCUCAUACAGCCUCAGAUAGAAGGACAGGAUACAACAUCAGAGCCUCAGAUAGAGAAACAGGAUAUGACAUCAGAGACAGGGCCUUCUCAUGGUGGCGUCCAUGGAGCGAUGGGAGUAGCGGUGGAUCCAGUAGGAACCACAAUGAAAAAGGAAGCGCUCCAAACCAGCUCAUGUAUUCUACCUGACGCUGAAACACAGGGGGGGACAGCGAAGCAUGUGACACAGGAAGUAACUGGAACUUUAGAUCCAGUAGAACCUUCUUCAUCACAACAUGAGAACAACAGAGGUUUCUCUGGCGAUAAAGAGUGGCAGCAUUCAGCAGCAGUAUGUUGUCAUGACCUGGACCAUCCCUCAACAGACACCCUCUGUAGUCCUGGAACUCCUCUCACUCAGACGGACAGAUCAGACAUGACGGAAGCUGCUCCUCUAACCAACACAGAGCAGCAACUGUCUCGUAAUGGCUAUAUUUCACUUGAACCACCUGACCCAGGACUAUCUUUCCAGAACCACCCAGACACCAACACCGUCCUAGAGACUACUGGACUAUCUUUCCAGAACCACCCAGACACCAACACCGUCCUAGAGACUACAGGAGUAUUUCCUCAGAACCACCCAGACUCCAACACCUUCCUAGAUACUACAGGGCUAUAUCCUCAGAACCACCCAGACUCUGUCAACAUGACUCCAGCUCUGCCUCACAACCGGGGUGCCCAGUCUAGAACUCUCCAGAACCACCCAGACACCAACACGGUCACAAUGCUUCUUCAGAACCACAUAGACACUAGCAAUGUGGCUCCAGUCAGUCUAUCUCUGCCUCUAUUUCUCCCGCCGAGGACACCCGGUGGUGUAGCUUCUGCCUCUCUGGGAGGUGUGGAAUCAGCCAGGAGUCAGACAGACAGAGGAGAAGAACAAGGCCUUCCUCUGCACCUCCUCCUUUCUUCAGACAGGACAGUCAGUGAAGUAGUCAGCCCCUCUCAUCAGGUCUGGUCUGAACAGGGCGUCAGUAAAGUAGUCAGCCCCUUUCAUCAGGUCUGGUCUGAACAGGGCCUUGAUACCACUGAGAACAGUGUUGUCAUCCUCCCUAGCAACGCUGUUUCGUCUCUCUACAAUCAUGUCUGGGACAGUUCUGGGGAACCCAACUCAGCUGGACCACUGGUCUGUACUGGGCUGCCAGCUGGAGAACCCAACUCAGCUGGAAUACUGGUCUGUACUGGGCUGCCAGCUGGAGAACCCAACUCAGCUGGAACACUGGUCUGUACUGGGCUGCCAGCUGGAGAACCCAAAUCAGCUGGACCACUGGUCUGUACUGGGCUGCCAGCUGGAGAACCCAACUCAGCUGGAACACUGGUCUGUAUUGGACUGCUAGCUGGAGAACCCAACUCAGCUGGACCACUGGUCUGUACUGGGCUGCCAGCUGGAGAACCCAACUCACCUGGACCACUGGUCUGUACUGGACUGCUAGCUGGAGAACCCAACUCAGAUGGACCACUGGUCUGUACUGGGCUGCCAGCUGGAGAACCCAACUCACCUGGACCACUGAUCUGUACUGGGCUGCCAGCUGGAGAACCCAACUCACCUGCAGUCAACCACAGCCUCACAGCAGGAACCAAGAAGAGCUGUGACAGAGGAAGAGAUGAGGUGGAGAAGAGAGGAGAUGAGGAGGAGGAAGACUCCAGAAGAACGAGUCUGAAAGAUGAAGAGGUGUUAGAGGAGAGGGAAGAGGUGUUGGAAGAGAGUGAGGAGAAGGAGGAGAGGGAGGAGUGGGAGGAGAGGGUGGAGAGGGUGGAGAGGGAUGAGAGGGAGAAGAGGAAAGAGGUGUUAGAAGAGGGGUUGGAAGAGAGCGAGGAGAGAGAUGAGAGGGAGAAGAGGGAACAGGUGUUCAAAAAGAGGGAGGACAGGGAGGUGUUCAAGGAGAGGGAGGAGAGAGAAGAGAGGGAAGAGGUGUUGGAAGAGAGGGAAGAGAGAGAAGAGAGGGAGGAGAGAGAAGAGGUUUUGGAAGAGACGGAGGAGAGUGAGGAGACAACGGAAACACCUGGCCAUACCUCUGAUGGGUUUAGAGGAGAGGAUGAAGCAGAUUCCCGUCACGGCAUCUGGACAUCGCUGCCACUUUACAGUCAUCUAUAUCAGACACCAACCAACAUGUCUCACAACCUUUCAAAGGCCCCUCAGCAGCAGAUCAACUUAACUUCAGAAAAAGACCCGUCGUAUAACCAACAGACCAGCUCUUCAAAUGACCCUGAACCCACCACCCUGACACCACCACGGACCAGCUCUUCAAAUGACCCUGACCCCACCACCCUGACCCCACCACGGACCAGCUCUUCAAAUGACCCUGACCCCACCACACUGACCCCACCACGGACCAGCUCUUCAAAUGACCCUGAACCCACCACCCUGACCCCACCACGGACCAGCUCUUCAAAUGACCCUGAUCCCACCACCCUGACCCCACCACGGACCAGCUCUUCAAAUGACCCUGAACCCACUGUAUGCCACAGCACCCCAGUCUUUAGUGAUACCAGCAGGGCAGGACAGACACACCCCUUCCCUACAGCACAGUGUGUGAGCAGGUUUAGGGUCCCUACAACAGAGUGUGUGAGCAGGUUUAGGGCCCCUACAGUAGACUGUUUGAGCAGGGUUAGGGCUCAUACAGCAGACUGUGUGAGCAGGGUUGGGGGAGUGCAGAGUAGUAGCCUGGAGGACCAAGAGGACAGUAGCAGUAGUGAUGAUGAAGGGAAACUGAUUAUUGAGCUUUAGACAGGAAUUAGAUUUUCUACAUGGAAUACAGACAGACUGGAAGAGGGGAGGAGGGGAGGAGGAGAGAAGGGGUGGAGGGAGGAGAGGGAGGACAGGAGAGGAGAGAGGGAGGAGAGAAGGGGAGGGUAGAGGGUGAAGGG